CUCUUAUAUUGUAUCUGAUUUCGACUCUUAUAUUUCAUUGUUUUUUGUUCACCCAACCCCCAGAUUUGGGAUCCUCCAAUCUAUUAUAUUGCCAAAGCGGAAGACAUGUUAAGAUUUAAACCCCAUGGUGGCAGUUCAAUUUUUUUUUCUCACCUUUGCCUUGUCUGAAGAAAGUGUCUUCUUUAGGCCACUUUUCAAUUUAAUUUUUAUUUUUGGCCUGACACAGUUGGCAAAUGUGUUGGAAAGAGAUAAUCUGUAAGAUGUCAUUCUUCUUUUUUGUGCUAGGAUCCAACAAUAUUUGAUGAAGCCCAUGUUUGCCUCACAAAGAAUGUUUUUGGCAAACACUAUCCACUUUUACAGUAGCAUCAACGGAUAAACCUAUUGCCAAACCUACCACCACUAGUAAAAAAUAACUAAUAAAACUUAAAAUAACAAUGUAUUCACUAUUAUUGUUAAAAUGAAUCAAUGUAGUCACUUUUAUUUGAGAAGACAUUAUGUCUAACAAAAAUAACAUACUAGGCAAAGUAAAGUAUACUUAUCCCCGAAUUAUAAAUUAAUAUAAUUUGCCCCCUACUUGGUCCCAUCUCAGUUCUUCUCCUCUAUAAUAUCCCCACAUUUCAUUGCAUCUAUUCUCUUACAAAUAUUCUCACUCAGUCUGUAUCUCUUUCUCCUCCAAGUCUAAAUUGCUUAGCAGUGCGGCAAUGACCAACUCUAUUGUUCUUCUUCUAUUUUUCUUAACAUUCUUAGAACAUGGAUUGUUCUUUCAAAGGGUCUCCUCUCUUGGCAUAAACUACGGUCAAGUCGGUGACAAUCUUCCUCCACCAAACAAAGUUCUACAACUCUUGAGCUCACUCAAUAUUAACAAGACAAGAAUCUACGACACAAACCCUCAAGUCUUAACCUCAUUCGCCAAUUCCAACAUUGAGCUCUUCGUCACUGUCGAAAACGAAAUGCUUCCUAGCUUGGUCGACCCUCAAAAAGCUCUCCAGUGGGUCACGUCCCGUAUGAAACCCUACUUUCCCGCCACCAAGAUAGGCGGUAUUGCUGUCGGCAACGAACUAUACACCGACGAUGACUCAAGCCUCAUAGGGUAUCUAGUGCCUGCAAUGACGAGCAUUCAUGCUGCUCUGGUCCAAACUGGACUAGACAAGUACAUUCAAGUAUCGACUCCGAGUUCACUAUCAGUCCUUCAAGAAUCUUACCCUCCCUCCGCCGGAUGUUUUAGGCCGCAAGUAGCUGGCGUAAUGACGCAGCUUCUAAGUUUCUUGCGUAGCACAAAAUCCCCUUUUUGGAUCAAUGCUUACCCUUACUUCGCUUACAAAGAUUCCCCAACAAAGAUCCCACUAGACUACGUACUCUACAACCCUAACCCUGGGAUGGUUGACCCCUACACCAAGUACCACUACGACAACAUGCUCUACGCUCAAGUAGACGCUGUGAUCUUCGCCAUGGCAAGGCUUGGCUUUAAAGAUAUCGAGGUUGGGGUCUCGGAGACUGGGUGGCCGUCUAAAGGCGACGGAGAUGAGAUUGGGGCCACCGUGGCCAACGCGGCAGUUUAUAACAAGAAUCUUCUAAAGAGACAGCUUCAUGGUGAAGGAACGCCAUUGAGACCAAACAUGAGUCUUGAUGUUUAUCUCUUUGCUCUCUUCAAUGAAGACCUUAAACCAGGACCAACGUCUGAGAGGAACUAUGGAUUGUAUCAGCCUGAUGAGAACAUGACUUACAAUGUAGGUUUAUUAUCAUCAUCGUCAACAUCAUCACAAUCAUCUACUUCAACUAAUUCUUUUAUGUCCAUCACCUCCUCUGCCUCCACGGUAUGUACCAACACUGGAUUUUAGUUUCUUUCUAGUAGAUCCCAAAUAUUUCCUCUAUUUAAUAUUACAUGAUGUUUUAUACCAAUACACAAAUAUUAAAGAAACUUUUUAUCAAAAGUAAAUAAAAUAUAAUUUAAAACUAAUUUAUUUUAUUAUAAAUAGAAAUAGUAAAAAUGAGAUUGGUUAUCCAACUUUUGAUAAAGUUAAAAUUAUAUAAAUUUGUGCAAACAUAUUUACGAAGCAACAAAACUUCUCUAAAACAUUUUGAAUGGAGGGAGCAUUUCUUUUUAUUUUGGUCUUUAAAUAUCACAUUAAAUACCCUAGAAAAAAGCUUCAUCGAGAAACAUACAAUGCUAAACAACUGUGACGUGUUAUUAAAAAUAAGAAAAUUAUGACAUUUUUCCUUGUAAUCGUGACGUUUAAUACUUAAAAAGUUCGGCUUUUCUAGAAAAUAAUUUUAACAAAUAUAUAUUUAAUAAACAACGAUAAAGUUUCGUUUAUUUUUGUUUGGAGCGAUAUGAUUGGUCUUACCACUGAUGUGUGAAUCAUGUGAUAUUAUUUAUGAUUAUACUCACCGUUUGGUUCUAAUUCGUAACAUUAAUUAAUUGAAAAGAGUUAUUCUUGGGUUCACCCCCUAGGGUGAACCUUUAGGUUCACCAACCAAUAGAAAAUUGUCAUUUUAAAUCUAGUAUCUUUUAAUUAAGGAAACCAAAUAACUUGUCAAAUUAUAUUAUUUUUCAAAAUAAAUUUAAAAAUAAAUAAAAAUAAUAUAUAAAAAACGAAUU